AUGGAAAUAUUGCCGAUAAUAUUUCUACCAUCCGCAAUACCCCUGGUCGGUGCUCACGGACCGGUAGGAAUAAGUGCGAUUAAUCGUAAGUCACUCAGUGCUCAAGAUACCUCCUUUGUGAGUCCCGGCACUCAUGAUGAUGCAGUACCUUUCCAUCGUCAUGUGGCGCACACAGGUCUUAAGGUGGCGGGCGAACCACCGCAGCCAUCCUCUGCUCAAGCACAUGAUUUUCAUCCAGCUUAUCGGAUUCCAGCUGGCUAUAUUGAGCAUAUUUAUUCACUUCAGCGUUUAAGUCCAAGUUCUUCCUUUCAUGACCCUUAUGCAAAUUGUGGGCCUGCUAUUCAUUUAACCGGACUGGGACUUAAUUCAGGCGAUUACCUAGCAGCUCGUGGCGUUGGGUCGCUGGGUGAAUUACAUCCGGCUGCAACUACAGCGGCUGUUGCAGCUAGCUCGCUAGCUAGUACGGAGUUUCAUUUUAGUAUUGAUAAUGCACGUUUAAAUAGUUCACGCCAAGGUACUAUGCAUACAAGCAUUAGUCGAAAGAGGGCACUCUCAUCGUCACCGUACUCCGACUCGUUUGACAUAAAUUCCAUGAUUCGUUUCUCGCCAAAUUCAUUAGCUAAUAUAAUGAAUGGUUCGCGAGCCAGCAGUGCAGCUAGUGGAUCUUACGGCCAUUAAUCGGCAGGAACAAUAAGUCCCAUUCACGAUUCGAUGGCGCCUCACUUGCAGCAGUUGCAGGCCCAUUUAUUGCGAGCAAGUGCUGGUCUUUUCCACCCUCUCUCUACACAUCAAACGGCCGCCGCUAACAUGCUAUCAUUGGGCCAUGUUCAUUCAUUGCAAACAGCAGUAGCAGCAGCUGCCUCGACAGCAGCGGUAACUGCAGCAGCUGUUAGUGCCGGUGGGGGACCACACGGAACAAUAUCUAACUGUAAUAUUCAAACAAUCAAUUGCCAACCAAACUCUGAUUCUGAUUGUAAUAUUAAUAAUUCGAAUCGCAUUACUAGUAAUAGCAAUAUGACAGCAAACAUUUCAAGUUCAACAAAGCAAAUGGCCUAUGACGACAUGUGUGCAGAAAGAAAAUCGGAACAGCCCUCAUCCACUUCUAAUCAUAUAACAUCUGUGGAAGCGGACAGUGCUUCUGCUAUGGUAGCGGCCAACAAACGAUACCGCAACGCUAGAAUUGCAUCAACGAAAACUCAUUUGACAACUGCAAAUGUUCAACAUUGUGCGAUUAGUACUCCAACAACAUAUAAUGAUUAUGAAUGCUCCACAGUAGAUACAACCGACAUAAAGGACGAACCUGGAGAUUUCAUUGAAACCAAUUGCCAUUGGCAAGAAUGCGAUGUAGAAUUUCAGACGCAAGAUGAGUUAGUCAAACACAUCAACAACGAUCACAUACAAUGCAACAAAAAAACAUUCAUCUGUCGAUGGGAAAAUUGUUCACGUGGCGAAAAGCCGUUCAAAGCCCAGUAUAUGCUAGUAGUUCACAUGCGCCGCCACACUGGUGAAAAGCCUCACAAAUGCACCGUAUGUUUACAACUCGUUUAAUCCUUUAAGUAAAGUUUUCACGUACAUGGUAAAGAAU